GAGUUCACCGAGUUGAUAAGUUCCAUCUCGGAGUACCAUACCUACCGAGUUGGGCGGGGCCGAUGUUCGUCGCUGCUCGCACAACAUAUGAAUGCGCCAAACGACGUCGUCUGGUCGAUUGUUCGGCAAUUCGACAAGCCCCAGAGCUAUAAGCAUUUCAUCAAGAGCUGCACGGUGAAGGAAGGGUUUAGGAUUGCGGUUGGUUGCACGAGGGAUGUCAACGUGAUCAGCGGGCUACCGGCUGCUACCAGUACGGAGAGGCUUGACAUACUGGAUGACAACCGUUUUGUCACCGGCUUCAGCAUCAUAGGCGGUGAGCACAGGUUGAGGAAUUACCGAUCGGUGACGACGGUACAUGGAUUCCAGCGUGACAACAGGAUCUGGACCGUUGUUUUGGAAUCAUACGUUGUGGACGUUCCAGAAGGGAACACGGAGGAGGAUACGCGUCUGUUUGCGGACACGGUGGUGAAAUUGAAUCUCCAGAAGCUGGCGUCGCUGACGGAAGCGCGCGCCCGUGGCGGUGACGUUAGCAGGUGAAUUGCAGGGUCGUUGACUUAUCGGUUUCCGUCUGACAUUAUGGCCGGAAGGUAAGGGCAUUUCAGUCAUUGCACCACCCAUAGAGAUGUGAGGAUAUGCUUUUAUCGUGUUUGUUUCUUGGAAUUCUGUGGAGAAAGAAAAUAGACUCCUUUUCUUUUGUGCCUUUUUUUUUUUCAAAAAAAAAAAAAUUAUUAUUAUGUAUUAUACAAGUUGGGGAUUGUGCUU